AUGCCAAAUCCUGAAGUACCAACUACGUCAAAGCCAGAACUACCAACUACAACAAAGCUUGAAAUCACAGAACUAGCAAAGUUAGAAGUACCAACUAUGACAAAGCUUGAAAUUCUAGAAGAACUUCCAAAGCUAGAAGUACCAACUAUGGCAAAGCCUGAAGUCCCAAAACUGCCAAAAGCCCAGAGCUUCCAAAAACUACCAAAGACAGAAGUCCCUAAACAUCUAAAGCAAGAAGUACCAACUAUGCUAGCAGUUGAAAUCCCAGAAUUACCAAAGACAAAAUUACCAACUAUGCCAAAUUCUGAAAUCCCAGAACUACCAAAGUCAAAAGACUCUGACUUUCCGAAGCUAAAAGUCCCACCUAUGCCAAAGCCUGAAAUUCCAAAACUACGUAGACCAACUCUUCCUUCAAUUUCUCCAACUUACAUACCUGCUACUCCUUGA